GUCUCACGUAUCUAAAAUAUAUUAAUCAAUUGUUUCAUUCACUCGUAGGCUAUCUCUCCAUUCAUCCCUGGUAGGAGGGACUAGUGAUCCGCUUGAAUACAGCCCGAGUGUUUCCGAGACGUGGAUGGCAUGGCACUUUAAUGCAGUGAAACUAAGACACGUGUGUGUUUCUGAUCACCGAUCUUCCCUCUGACGACUCCACAGCCACUCGAGUUGGCGAGGAUAUUAGGAAACAGAGAAUAUGGACUACCUGCCUGAUGACAACUCCAGGUACAAAGAUGUUGACUACUGGGAUGAAAGAUACAAAACUGAGCAGUGUUAUGACUGGCUAGGGAGCUUCUCCAAAUUCCAGCACCUUCUGCAGAAGCAUGUCAACAAGAAAGACUCGAUUCUGAUACUAGGUUGUGGAAACAGCAGCAUGAGCAGCGACAUGUACAAGGCCGGCUACCGCUCCAUCACCAACAUCGACUACUCAUCAGUGUGCAUCAGUGCAAUGAGUGCCAGGCAUAGCGACUGCCCCGGUAUGAGUUGGCAUCAGAUGGACAUACGCCAGCUCUCCUUCCCCGAUGCAUCUUUUGAUGUUGUCCUGGAGAAGGCCACGCUGGACGCCAUCAUGGUGGAAGAGAAGUCACCAUGGAGUGUAUCACCUCAGACAGCCAGUUUCAUUCACCAAGCACUAACAGAGAUCAGUCGGUGCUUAAAGCCAGGAGGACGGUUUGUCUCCAUUACCUUUGCUGAUCCUCUCUUCAGGAAACGGCUCUAUGCUAAAAGCGAAUAUAACUGGUCCAUUAAGAAGUACAGUUAUGGAGAUGGUCUGGAGUAUUUUGUGUACGUCAUGACCAAAGGAGAGGAGCUCAGCCCUGAAGAUGCAGCUCUGGAGAAAAAGCUACAGGAGGACGUUAAAUCAACACAUACAGUAGUUACCACAGCUCAAAGUGAGGAGGAAGAGGAGGACUUCAUGUCUAAUAUCGACCUGUAAAAAUCUUUUUAAUAUUUUAUCCACGGGAUUUUUAAGUAAGUCUUAAAUUCUGAAUCAUGUUCCACCAAAUAUCUUAUUUUUUUAAAUUGAUUCUAUUCCUUUUUUAAUUGCAGUAUUGAAAAAUAUCUUCAUGUCAAGAUAUCAAAUAAUGGUGGAUGUUUGUUAUACUGAACAAUCUGCCACCAAAGUUACAAAUACAAUUAUGUAAGAUGUAAUCUUCUGGAAUGAUGGGUUUACUGUUGAUAGCUAAGUAAUCUGUUAUUUCAACAUAAAGAACUGUUGGACCAAAAAACAAGUUUGAAGCCAACCUUUAAAAACUAAAUAGAUGUUUUAAACAAUAUAAUAUUGGAUUCAUUGCCCCACAGAGGCUCAAAUGUAUCUGAUAAAUGCCUGUUAAUUUGCAGUUUUAUAAUCCUUGACAUGGACAAUGAAAACUAAAGAAAGACAGCAUCAUACCAGCCAAGAGAUAAAAGAUGGACUUAACAAAAGCCAGUAUCGUUGUGUUUCGUCUUGGCGUGGACGAAAGGGGAUAAAGUGGCCUCUUAAAGAGAUAACAGACCAUUUUUUCACCUUGGACUAGUUUCAGUCUUUCCACCAGAAUGGUGUCUAUCCCGAUUCUAUAGAGUAGUGUUAAUUUUGGCAGUUAUUUUAAAUCAGUCUUCAGGAUGUGAAAAUAAUUUACACAAACCUUUUUUUUUUCAAGCAUUUGGCAGGUCAAUACAAGCCUUCACACCAGCAACAUAAUAUCACCGUGCGAAUUGUGCUAACGUUUUCUUUUUUUUUUCAAGCUGUGGUCAAAUUUUUUCUAAAUUUUCUUGGAUAAGCACAAAUUAGACCAAUAAAACACACACUGUUGCCUAUAAUAGAAGAAUUUUAACCUCCUACAACCCAGCAUCCUCAUAUGAGGACAUUACAUGUUUGGUUCCCUGCACCAUUACUAUUUUUUUGCUUAGCUUAGACCUGUUAGCCUCAUUCCUGGACACUUCAUCUGCCGUCUUGUGCUCACAAAAGCACACUACAAUUAGAUGGCUGAGAUGGCUGCCAUUCCUACAAGCAUGUUGUACAGUCAUUUUUUUUCAGUUUGGUAACAUUUGUAGUUUGAUAUGGUGUGCAAAUUUGACACAUUUUGAAUGAAACCAACAGUUUUCAAUUAAAAUUAAUUUUAGCUUUAGUCACAUUUUAUGCAUUUUUAACCUUUCCAGUUUUAGUCUAGUUUUAGUUGACAAAACUCAGAAACAUUUCAGUCUAGUUUAAAUCAGUAAAAGUCCUUACAUUUUAGUGUUGACCUUAAGACAAGGCAUUUAUUUUCCUUAAACUAAUUUCACUGUGAAAUUGAUAUACAUGUAAAACAUUCAUUUCAAGUCUAUUUAUUAAAAUAAAGACAUACCUUAUAUGGACAGUGGAGAAAUAUCAAAGAUUUUGAAUGCCCAGUCAAACAUUUCGGUCUCCUUUCAGUCUCCUUGAUGAAAAUCAAACUCAAUUUUUGACGAACCUAAAUUUUAUCACCAUUCUUAUUCUUAGUCUAGUCUUCCUUAUGGAAAAAAAAAGGUGGUCGACAAACAUAUUGUAUUUUGUCAAUUGUGAUUACCUCUGCCAAGGAGGUUAUGUGAUCGGCAGGGUUUGUUUGUUAGUUUGUUUGUUAGUUUGUUAGCAACAUAACUCAAAAAGUUGUGGACGGAUUUUGAUGAAAUUUUCAGGAAAUGGCAAAAGGAAGAACUGAUUAGAUUUUGGGAGUGAUUUUUUUAAAGGAUUCUUUACUGUUGGGAGAUAGGGCUAAUAGUGGAGGUCUGCGCUCUCCGAGUGCUUUUCUAGUUGUAAUUGUAAUUCAUUAGGGCCGAUCUGGGUGAAGCAUGUUGGCUUUUUAAAUAAUUUGGCCAAUACAAUAAAAGCAUUUUAGUAUUUCCAUCCUCAUUUUACAUUUUUUUAUUUUUUCUUACUAUUUUUUCGAGCUUGAAGGGCUUGGUUUUCUCCCUUUUUUGGACAUUUCUUUCCCCCUGUUCUCCAAGAGCGCCCAACUUUGGCCCAGUCUGCUGCUUCUAGCACUAUGCAAUGUAGGCUAUAAUGUAACUUCAGCAGUGAGCCACAGUUUCCCAGCAAGAGAUUUACAUAGUUUACAGUGCUAGUUUACACGUCAGCCUUCGGAUUCAGCCUUUUAGCUUUUUAUUAUGACUGAGGUUAAGAGACUAAACCAGACAGUGAUUAUGAAGAAGAGAAAUAAAGAGUUGCAAUUGUGUCUUUAAAGCAUUGUCUUAUAAAGUCUGCCUCAGUUGAUUAUUUAGUCAUCCUGCUAUUAAAAAAAUCUUAUAAUGUGUU